AUGGCCAUGCUCACCUAUUUUCGGCAGAAUUUCACGCUGGCCUUAUGGUGGGUCUCAGACCCCCACUGUGUCCCACUGGCCCCUCCUGUGGGUGCCACCCUCACCCCAUCUGACAAGCAGGUGUGCCUGUGUCUCCAGGAGCCACUCAACCACCGGAGCAGGAAGCUCAGAAAGGACAUUGCAGAACGACAUCAGCUCAAGGCUCAGGAGGAAAAACUGCAGGCUCUGCAGUUCCAGGUGGACCACGGGGACCGCAGGCUGGAGACUGAGCUGGAGAGACUGCACUAAACCAGGGGACGGCUGGGUGCCCCUCCACAGCGGCUGGGCCCGUGGGAGGACGUGCCGCAGAGGUGGUCAGAGCCCUCGAGGUCUCCAGGCAGCAGCGCAGCUCAGCAGCCUGGUUGCCGGCCCCGAGAGGACGGCCAAGGAGCGAGGUGCCGGCACACUGCAGAGCGCCGCGACCUGCAGAGCAGGUGGGUCACCGGCGCGCCAGUCCGUCACAGAUAUGUGCAGGGUCGCGAGACCCGCGGCCCCACAGGCCUCAGCGUCUUGGUGCUGCAUGGCCAGUGCGCGAGUCGGCAGGAGGCACACACACCCGUGUGCUCGUGAGGGUCUCUGUUUCCAGGAGUGCCCCACAGAGAGCAGAGGCUCUUUAUCCCGAGCUGGAGAAAGGAGUCGGCCAAUCGCUCUUCAGCCACCGCCAGCAGCUCUGACCUGCUCUCACCGGCCGCGCACUCCAGGCUUGGCGGGGCCUUCUCUGUCCCCUCCUCCACCUGUCCUGCCCCAUUAGGCGCAGCCAGGGCGUCUCCAGGCCUGCCGUCGCCUGAGCACGUGCCCAGUCCCUCAUGCCACAGCCUCCUUCCAACGGCGCUUGAGGCCACGGCGGGGUCGUCCUCGAUCUCCAGGGCCAUCUGCGAGAUCAGCGCUUCACCUGCGAGCCGGCGGCAGCGCGUGUCUCACAGUCGCGUGGUGAAGCAGGUGUGCCCAGGCGUGUGGGUGGCAUGAGCUCGCAGCGGCGGUGCCCCACACAGCGAGCCCAGCAGCUGUGUCACAGGAACGUUCCUCCCGAGCUCCUGGAGCAGGAGGGAGCGUGCGAAAGUGAAGGCCCUGUAGCUGUGCUGCUUGUGUCGGACUCUCUCUGCUGGCAGGCUCACUCUGGGGACUCUCCUUGCUGUCUUGAGGGAGUGCGUGGCCCUGGGUAAGGCCCUGCAGGCGACCCCAGGAGCCAGGAGCAGCCUGCAGGCCCCACCUCAGCCAACAGGAGGCACAGGCUCUCAGUCUUGUGGCUGCAAGAGCCUGAAUUCUGCCAAUGACCUGAGUGAGUGACCGUGGAAGCCGAUUCUUCUUCAGGUGAGGCUCCAGGUGAGGCUCCAGGUGAGGCUCCAGUCCAGCCCACACCUCCACUGCAGCCUGUGAGACCCAGCAGAGGAGCAGCUAAGCUGUGCCCAAAUUUCUGAC